AUGGCACUAUCAAGAUUUUAUAAUUUGGAGCGUAAAUUAACAGCUGAUCCUAUCAUAUACGAGGAGUAUAAAGCUUUUAUGAACGAGUAUUUACAACUUGGCCACAUGAAACUCGCGCAAACUCCAGGAAACUACAUCAUUCCACAUCACGCAGUUGUCAAACGAACGAACGGAAAAAUUAAAUUAAGAGUCGUAUUUGACGCGUCUGCCACUACGUCCUCUGGAACAUCAUUAAACAAUUUGUUAUUUACCGGACCCAAAUUGCAAUGUGACAUAGCAGAUCUAUUAUUACGAUGUCGCUUUCAUGAAUAUAUGCUCACAGCAGAUAUAUGCAAAAUGUAUAGACAAAUACAGGUGUCACCAGCAGAAUGCUCUUACCAGCAUAUUUUGUGGCGCAACGAUCCAGCUGAAUCAAUACAGGAGUAUGCACUGUCGACAGUUACUUACGGAGUGUCCUCUUCUCCCUUCCAAGCCAUCCGUGUAUUGCAUCAAUUGGAACUGGACGAAGGUUCAAAAUACCCAGCUGCACAAGGAGUGUUAUCUAGUCAAACUUACGUCGACGACAUUAUAGCCGGAGCUGCCUCAGUCGAACAGAUCAUGACGUUGCAGAAACAGCUCAUCGGUUUGCUAGGUCAAGGUCAAUUUGAGCUAAAAAAGUGGGCAAGUAACUGUCCACAAGUUCUGCAAAAUAUCCCAAAGGACGAUCAAGUUGUGGAACUGUCAUUCGACCCAAAGGAUGAUUGUUCAAUAAAGAUUUUGGGGUUACAUUGGGACCCGGCAAAUGAUAUAUUCAGUUAUCAUAGUGAUCCUUGCGUCUCUCGACCUACGAAACGUUCAGUGCUAUCCGCGAUAGCUAAGAUCUAUGACCCACUCGGAGCCUUAUCACCCAUCACCUUUUGGGCUAAGUGCUUCAUGCAGAUUCUAUGGAAAAACGCUUAUGAGUGGGACCAACCGAUCAACGACGAACUAGCUUCUUCCUGGAAUUCAUUCUCUAGACAGUUACCUUCGGUCUCACAAGUUAAAAUCAGGAGACAUAUUCCUAUUGAACAGUGUACUGACGUUCAACUACUAGGUUUUUCCGAUGCAUCACAAAAGGGAUACGCAGCUGUUGUUUACAUGCGAUUGUCGUAUGCGUCAAGACCGGGCACAGUACAUCUACUUACAGCAAGGUCAAAGGUGGCGCCGUUAAAGAACAACCGUCUGGACGAGUCACUUUCCAUUCCAAGGUUGGAAUUAUGUGGGGCACUGCUAUUAGCUCAAACAUUGCAUCGUGUACAAAAUGCAUUAUCGUCAAUCACUCAUAUAUCCUCGAUUCAUGCAUGGACCGAUUCUACAGUGGUGUUGUCUUGGCUAACAACUCAGCAAGUUACAUUCAAAGUAUUUGUUACGAACAGGCUUAACAAGAUAGGUGAACUUCUGCCCUCGGGUCAUUGGCGAUACGUACCAUCAAUGCAAAAUCCAGCUGACUGUGUGUCCCGUGGCCUGCUUCCUACUGAGGCAUUAGAACACAGUUUAUACUGGGAUGGUCCGUCUUUCGUCCAACAGUCACCUGAUACUUGGAAAUCACCACAGUAUGAAAAAAUUCCCGUCGCUGAACUGCCUGAACAGAAAACCGUAGCAGAGACUUUGCACGUUAUUGUUACACCAACAGCGAACGACGAAUGGCUUGAAAAAUUCUCAUCAUUGACUCGUCUAAAGAGAGUUGUUGCUUACAUGAGACGUUUCAUCAUCAACGCUCGUCACAAGUCACUCCAGCGAAAGCCCACUCAUUAA